AUGCUUACCUCAAAAAUUCAUUUUUUAAUAUUAAAUUUAUUUUUGGUAAUAUGUUUAUCAAAUUCACAAUUAAAUUAUACCAUAAAUUGGAAUAAUAUGAUGGGUUAUGGAAACUCAAAUUAUAUAUUGACACCUCUUAGCAGAGUAUUCAAGAUAAAUAUAUCAUCAACUUUUCAAUUUGAUUUGCCGGUUGGAACGAAUUUGUUAAACUAUCAAGUUGGCUCUGUUCCUAUUUCCAAUCAGAGAGUUACCGAAUAUAUAGAUUUGUCAUUAUAUAAUAAUGGUGAGAGAACUUUAAACUUUACAUUAAUACCAAAUGUAACCAUACCAGUUUUAAAUCCAAGUUUUAUAUAUAAUUUCCAAAAACUCAUUGAUUCCAAUCGACCACCUGUAGUUGGAUUGAACGAAUCGUGUGCAGAAGUGAUGGAUUCUCCUCGGAGCUGUCAGGUUUUCUACAUUUUCAAUUCAUCGACUGGAGAUGGCAAUACUUAUUCGUUACUCAAGGGUGAUAACUUACAAACAAUGAUGCUACAACCAGAUCUCUACUAUGUUAACAUCAUCACAUCGACAUGUAGUCCAACAAAGACCAUUGGGAAUCUAGCCAAUUCUGAGUCCUCACAGGAUUCUGCUGGAAAACAUUGUCCUGCCUAUUCAGUUAACAAUUUCGCCGAAGAAGAUUUCAUUUCAAUGAUUUCCGUUCCAUCCCAACCAUUCAAGAUUAUUUUAUUCAAGACAGUUGAAUUGUUCUCUAGAGUUUCUCUUCGGAAAGCUGGAGACUAUGAACUAGACCGGUUGUUAAAUUUGAGACAGGUUUCAGGUGACAAUGUAUAUUUAUUCACUUCAAACAGUACUGAUGAUCAAGUAGAAGUUAGGGCACCUCCAAUCUUGGGUACCACCCUCUAUGUGAACAAUUCAAAACCUCUACCACCAAUCGCCCUCGAUUUUACCUCUGUCAAUGGUAGUUUACUUGUCGGUACUCCUUCGAUUAUCAAUAAUCCAGGUCAUUCUCUAGUGGAUCUAUCUUUUUCAUAUCAAAUGGAUGUCUAUAUAAGUAACUAUCAACGAGUAGCAUAUUUUACAUAUUCUUGUAAUGGUAGAGUUUUCAAGGUAGAUCGUCAUAUCACACAAUCUCAAUAUUCAAAAAGAAUUAAUAUUCCAUUCAUAAUACUUGCUGAAAAUUCAUUCUCCUGUCAACUGGAUGUAAUUGCCAAAGGUGAUCAAAUCGUGCCAACUACACUACUCUCGAAAUCUAUAAGUUUAAGUUCCUCGGGAAUUGGUUCUUCCAGCCAGAUAUUUAUUACUGACUACUCCAAUGGUACCAUCCAAAUUAAUCUGUUCAACGAUCCAACAUGGAAAUCUCUAUUCAAACCGAUUUGUAAUAUAAACACUCAAUAUGUUAACUCCUCCACUUCUCUUCCUUCGAGAUUGCCAAUUGUCAGAGAGUAUCCAUAUUACUUCAAAGGAAAUUAUAAACGGUUUUCGUACAAUGGAAAAUCUCAAUUCUUUUAUGAGAAAUCAGUUCCAUUGAUUCCAAUUAAAUUUAUAUCACCUGGAUUGGUAGUGAAUUACACUUUGGGAAACGCAAACUUCAAUGGAAAUCCUAUUGAUUUUGUCAAUCCAUUUGGCAAAGUUCAAGUGGGAUUCAACAAGGACUACACCAAUGUCACCUUUUCAGUAAACAUUACUGAUACUGGUGUUGGAAUAUUAGAGAAUUCUUGCUUCAUCUCGAUUGGUCCACAGAAAUUUACACUGAAUUCAACCAAUAGAAUUCAAGGUGAUCAAUACAGUGGAAUCUACUAUGUUGUCUCCUAUUAUAAUCCUGCAUACUGUUAUGAACCAAUCAAUUUAAAUUGUUCCGAUAAAUAUGGAAAUUCCUUAGUUAUCAAUACAACCUCUCCUUUCAGCUACAUUUUAUUCAAUUAUACUACACCUUCAUUAUGUACAAUCUCUACAGAUAUUCGACCAAUCUUUUCAUCAAUUAAAUUCCGGUCACCAAUGGAAUUGUCAUAUAGUAUUGUUAUCUAUUAUGGAUCUUCAACAGCACCACCAGUCGGAAGAAUAUCACUUGCAGACAAUCUCUAUGGAAAUAUGAUUAGUAGAACAGAUUCACUGGUGAAAAUUGAUGAUAAUGAAAGGGGAUUGGCAGUGUACUCAGUAAACUAUACUUUCUCCAACAUCGAAUCAACAACAACUUUUUAUCCAUCGAUAAGCUUUAAUUCCACUGGAGUAUCAUACACCACUUUAGAUUUAAUCUAUUUCCUGAAUGAAGAAAUCAGCUUAAUGAAUCCAGAGGCAAUUCCAACCAUUAGUUUCACCAUCAAACCAACCGAUUUGAAAUUGUUCCCGAAACCUAUAUUGAUCGUUACACAAUCAACCAUUUCACUUACCAUUCCAGCAAGUGAUUCAUUGAUAUCCUAUAUUGGAUUCGUUGCUUUGAACAACUAUUUCCCGGAUAUCCAGAGAUUCACUUGGACUUUGGCAUCUGGAGAUAACAGUAAAUCCGCAAAGAAUGUUACAUUAACCAUUCCAAACUAUCAAUCGACUCUCAAGUAUUUUGUUUAUAUUGAAGAGAUUUGUGAUACUCUAAGUAACUGCGAGCAACUACCUGCCUAUGGUAUUUCUAGCAACCAACUUAAACUACCAGAAAGCACCGAUCCAGAUUCAAUUUUAACAGCCAAGAUUGAUUACACCAAAAACAUCGAUACCUCGAAAAGCAAUAGAACAUUCUCGGCAAAAGUAACGGUUACUCCAGGAAUUAUAGAUCCUCCACCCAUUCUUUAUUUGGUGAGCAGCAAUAACGUCGAUAUGAUUCAAUGUCAAACAGUAUUCAUUGACAACUCUCAAGGCAAAUCAAGUUCGACAGUAGGAUGUUCAAUUGUGCUUCCACCUGGAUGGUCUGUUGGUUCCAAUGUUUCACUGUCACUUCAUGGUGCCAAAUACCUCAAUACCAUUAACUAUAUUGAGUUGUCGGAUGUUCUUACGAUCGCACCUUUCACUGGUCCAAAAAUAUGGACUGCUAAAUACAGCUUUUUAACCAAGACCAUCUCAAUCACUGGUUAUAAUCUAGGUCUUAUUCUUGGCGACGGCUCAGCGUAUCCCGUCAAGAUGGGUUCGAAUCUGCUGAACUUCCAGAUGCACAGUGCAACCAGUGGAAUAUUCAGUUUGAAUGGAACAGGUUUCGAUCCAACUACCAACUUUAACAUUACUUGCAACAACGUUGACUAUACUGUAAUGAUCGAGAGUUGUGUUUCUGCCAAUUGCAAUGGUAACGGUAGAUGUGAUCUCACUGUCAACAAAUGUAUAUGUAAUAAUGGAUGGCUAGGCAUUGCAUGUGACAUUCAAAACAAGACAUACAACUGUGGACCAAACGGUGAACUCCGAGCAAUGACUUGUCAGUGUAAGAACAACUAUACCGGUCCUAAUUGCGACGUUCUAAACGAUAUCAAAGUGGAUAUGGAAGUCUCGAGAACCCGGCCAAAAGCAACAUUCUCAUCGUUUGAAGGAAACUUCGGUGCUUCUUCAAACCGUUUACAAUUCAAAUGGAGUACCGCUGCCAGUCAACAAAGUAACAACAAUACCAAUAACAGCAAUGGAAAUACCACUACUGACUAUGGAGGAAGUGGUAUGAACGAUGUCCAUUGGACUGUGUUGGGCACUAACAAUGUUCAACUGUUCAGCAGGUUCAACAGUAAAAUUAUUUUGGAUGGCGAAACACUUCAGAUUUCCAACAAAAUAAUGAAUACUACCAGCGGCUCUUCUUCAUCAUCGUCAUCGCCAUCACCGACACAAGUUGUGGUGGUAACAGUACCUGCUUUCCAACAAUCGUUGCUAAUGGAUCCUGAUUUUUCAACACUUACAAGAUUCAACACAGACAGCAACAAUAACCACAACAACAGCGGUGAGAAUGAUGUGGUCGACUACAAAGUGGCGAUCAUAGUUGUAGUGGUAGUGUUAGCAAAAAACUCAGAUCAACAGUGUUCGAAAAAACUCUGUCGAAAAUACUCAUUAUAUUCAUCUUCAUCAGCCAACAAAGUUAGUCAAUUCCAAGCCAAUCAAAUUCAAAUUCAACAAAUUCAAAAAAAAUAA